ACACGACACAGUGACGUCACGCACAGAUGGUCGCGGCUGUAAAAAAGCCAUGGCAAUCUGCACCCGUUCAACAGUUUAGACUUGUUUUUAUUACUUCUAAACAAAAUAGCUUUUUUGGCUUCUCAUACGCUUACAAGGAUGUUUUGAUUCUUGCUUGAACAGUCGCUAAGAUUAUAUUUGGUUAUGAUCUUGGCAAAAUAAUUAUUUUGGAUGCAGCAGUUGUUAGCUAGAAUGCUAACGCUCAUUGAUAGGCUGUAGCAAAAGCUAGCUGAAGAGCCAUUUUAUUGAAGUGUUUAAAAAAAAAAAAGUAUAAUGCGGUUAAUUUCUGAUGACCCAGACCUAUUAAGCAGGACAUUAAUACGAGCCUUAAAAUCCAAAAGUAGUGUGAAAUGCACUCAUGCAACAUGUAAAUAGAGGCUUUUUUUCCUGGUGUUCUACAAGAACUCUCCCUUGUUCUCCUACCACUUUUCGCUUAUCGCCCUCGUGCGGCAAUGUUUGCAAACAUAGUACAGACCCUGUGUUUCUAUGUUUUUCAUCAAUGCGCGCAGGACCAAAAUGGAGGAAAUGUCGAAGUGCUAUCACUUGUUAAAGCACGAGCCACUCUAGCCAAACGAUAUCCCCGCGCGUCCUCGUGGCUUGCAAUAUAAUUGGCUAGCUACCAAACCUUUCUGCAGGACCAUGAGGGUGUAAAAACUAUAUAUUUUUUUAUCCGAUUGUGAAAUAAUAGACCCUACGUAGCAAGCUAGCUGAAUGCUAACUAGAUGCUGGGAGAGUUUUUGUUACCUUGUUUGUCCCGUGCAGUUAGUAAGUUAGCUAGCUGAAAUUGUGUAUGUUUUUAGAUAUCUAACUGGUAAUAAUGAAGCCCAGCAGUCAGACGCAGUGCAGUAUUUUAUGCGUCAGUCAGUUGUAGCUAGUCUCGAGGUUGCCAGUGAUGGAGCAACAUGGUGCCCAGGGUAGCUAGGUAGCACUUUUAGUCUGUUAUUUUGACCCGACAACGUUAACUGUUAAUUAUGUUGGUUUCAAUACUGAUAAACACUUUCUGUUACAGGACGAAGUCUGAUCCAGGCGCAAUGAAACAGAAAAUAGACUCCAAUGACACUUGACUGCUUUGCAAGACAAGCAGUUGUUCUGUCAUGUUAGUUCAAUAACACCUGCGCUUUAUUCGCCAUGACUAUGAGAUCAACUUUGUUUGCUAAUGCAGGAUUUAAGCUGGACACAGAGAAACUUGACUUUGACAAAUCACAAAUGGGAACUGCAAACGUCGUGAAUUCCAUAACCAUCAAGAGAGAAUCCUGUGACUUUGUCAUUGAUGUCCAUGAAGUACAUGGGGCAAUCCACAAGACUGGAGGGGAGCUCCUCAGCAAAACAAAGCUCUUAGACCAGAAUUACAUCAUUCGGGCCCCAGUGGCUGCUCAAAAUAAAGCGGAAGGGGCACUGGUUCAAGGCGACAAUUGGGAAAGCACAGGGGUGCUGUCAUCUUCCGUCAGACAAAUGGGGGGUGAGGGAAUCCCAAUUAAAGGUAAACUCAUUCUGAGUGACAGUAUGGAUAAUACAGAGUUGGUUUCAAACAAUAACUCCAAGGAUGCUGGUACUGAUGAGCGCACCAGAGGUGUCUCCCCUGGAGGAGUUGUCAACACUGCAUCCAUUGAGCUCAGCACAGAGGGCAAGUGGAGGAACAUCAGGAAAACCCCUGCUAACCCCCACACACAGGCCACCUGCCUCCAGCAGAUUCUCCUUCUUCAGCUGGACUUGAUUGAACAACAGCAACAACAGCUGCAGUCCAAGGACAAGGAGAUAGAUGAGCUGAAAGCUGACAAGGAGACGUUGCUGGCGCGUAUUGAGCGUAUGGAGCGCCGUUUGCAGCUGACGAGGAAAGACCCACGUGAUAAGCGCCUAUUUCAGCCGCUUCAGCCCUGGACCCCAGAUAAAGAGGACCUGUGGGAUCUAGAAGUGGGUGACAGCCCCCAGACUCCCACCCCUAGGUCACUCCCCUUCAGCCGAGGAGGCAAAGGCCUCAAAAGGAAAUUUUGCUUCCUGGACUCCAAAAUCCAUAAGUCACGAGGAGGCAAAGGCUCCAAGUUCGCCGCCUCUAAGUCAGAGUGUGGAGCUGGCUCUCCACAUCAGAGGGAGCUGCGCAAUAAAGAGACCCCAGAGAAGACGGGGUUUGGUCGGUCAGCGGUAGAGAGGGGUACUCUGCAACCGAGCAAUGAGGACCCGGAGCUCACCGCUCGGAUGGAGGAGCUCCCUUUCAUGUCGACUACUGAGAUGUACCUGUGUCGUUGGCAUCAGCCUCCCCCCUCCCCCCAGCGCGAGCCAUCCCCAUCCCCAAACAAAGAGGAGGUUGUGGCCAUCCCCUCUUGGAGGGAAAACAUUAUGGAGCCCUUGGAUGAGGAAGCUGCCAGUGUCAUCCCAGAGAUGUUGGACGACAGUGUCUUUUUGAAGCGCCACGCAAAGCUGGAGUUGGAUGAGAAGAGGAGAAAAAGAUGGGACAUUCAGCGUAUCCGCGAGCAGCGCAUGUUUCAGCGUCUGCAGCAGCGCAUGAACAAGAAGAAGGGGAUCCAGGAAAGUGAGCCAGAGGUCUCGUCGUUUUACCCGGACACUGAAGAUGUCGAGUCCAUAAUCAUCACCCCUUUCCUGCCUGUGGUGGCCUUUGGCCGGCCAUUGCCGAAGCUCACUCAACAAUGGUACCAUGGUGUAGGUGGCGGGGCAGGGCGAGUUUCACAGAAAGACCUUUCAUCAAAAUGAACUUUGACCUGCCUUGGCUUGACGAGCGAAGCCGCUGCCGCAUUGAGGUGCCCAAGAAACACACGCCACACCGGACCUGUCGGAAGUGAGGUGGUAUCUGCGUGUGACAUGCAAAAGAGAGAGAGAGAGCGCGCACCCUUCUUUUCCCAGAUGUGAAAAGUUUUAUUUUGUGGGUUUAGGCCGUCAGUGGUGUAGCAUGCACCACUCUCAGUAGUCUGUGGAAAAGUAAACCACUGUCUUCCCGUGUGGUUACUUGCCAGCUGGCCUGGAGAAGGAGCUGCUGGAGAUUAAGAAAAUGGCUACCAAAUUGGUUAGCUAUGGUAAAUUUGGUGCCCAAUCUACUCAAAAGGAAUGAAAAGCUGCCCCCCCCCCCCUCUUAGAUAACAGACCCCCUACUAACAGCUAAGUGAUUAUAAGGUAAAACACAACUGUUACUUAAUGUCUGUAGUAAGUAACUAUUUAGUAAUAAGCAUGUUCUGGAAUUUGGUGUAAUGUAAUACUUAAUUACUGCAUCACUAAAAUGUGUAACUUUUGAUUAUUACUAGAUUAUUACAUAGUUGUCAACCUGACUUAACUUGGACUGUGAUCUGAAGGGUAAGAGAAGUGAUAUUUUCUGAUUUGACUGAAUGGUAGUGCUUGAAUUGUACAAUAUGCACAUUGCUACAACUAACCCUGUGUGCUGGAAGCUCCAUUGGCAUUUACAUGCUCGGUGUUUUGCUUAGAUUGAAACUCUGAACUAUUUUCCCUGUUUGUGUAUUAAUUGUAAUAAUAUUUCCUUGUGUGGACACCGCUUCAAGCGACAGGUUUUAUUAUUGUGCACUAAAGUGUGGAUAUAUGUUUGAUCCUCACUCUGCAUGUAUGUUUUAUCACAAAUGCAGUAAAUAUAAGAUAAAUGUCCACUUCUGAUGCUAAAUUGAUUGUCAAUACUUUGCAUCAUGAAGAGAAGUUGAUUGUUUGAGUACUUCUAGGCAGAAAAAAUUGGCUGUUAAAUUAGAGAACCAUGGGUCUUCUACAGUAUGCUUCCUUUUUUUCCCCAUGAUUUUAUCAUGUGAGUCUGCAUGAUAUUUUUUGAGGUGACAUCUGUUCCAAGAGAUAUCAACUAUCAGCAUGGUAGAUCUGUAAAUGAAACAUUUCCGCUGGGUACAAUUCCGAGAAGAGUAAUAUCUGAUUUAAUUUUGAAAGCAUGACUCUGGCUGCAUUAUUCAAAAAGCACUGCUUUGUUUAGACUGCCUUGUUUCUAGAACAUUCUCUGUGAGGAAUUUGCUCGAGUUUUUCAUUUUAGUUUGUUCCCCCCCCCCAUUACAUCACAAUAAAUUGCAGUAGACAACUGAGAUGUAGAUAUCAGUCCUACGAUGAAGUUCAGAAUACAUGGGUUGGCAUUAGAGUAGCCUAAUCAGCUAGAGCACUCAAACUUAAUGCUGGGUAUUUUCCUUCUCUUAAAUGCUAACAAUACUGGCAUCGAGCACCUGGCGAUAUUAAGCGUGUGUUCUGUCAUGUGUUAUCGCGUCAACAUUUUUACUUUUGGCUCAAUGGCUUCCUGGCUCUCCGACGCUACAGACCACAAAAUACAGGCUGGUUUUGAAAUAAUGCAAAAUUGUUCUUCUGUACAUAGCUUUCAGGAACAAAUGUUGUAAAUAUGAAAUACAUGGCUUAUUUUUGUAUUAUUUAAAUGUUUGUGUACAUUCAAUAUUGUUCUGAUAAUUGUAUGUUGACCAAAUAACUUACAAAAGUUUGUUUUGGAAUAAAAAGAAAUUAAGCUUA